AUGGGUGACAAUGGAGGCGAUAACCGUCGACUUUUCGAGCAUUUUAUUGUAGCUGGAUUGGCAGAUGGUGCAGAUGAACUAACUCCCGUUAUACAUGAAUGUGGAAAUAAACCACCCGAACAAGUGGCUCCGAUCAUUGAUAUUACAGUUAUAUUUCCUAGUCUUGGUGAAACAGUAAGUAUCUCUGUAGGUAAUCUUUAUGUUGGAAUUUUAAUCUAGGUGCCGAAGGGAUACGAAUGCAUCGAAACAACUCCUUCCGGGCAUCCGGCUGAUCUUAAUCAUGGUUCGUUUCGGACAAAUUCUGCCUUUCUGUGUUAUCGGCGAGGCUAUAAUAAGCCAGCUCUUGUGGAUAUUGGUAUUCUUGACGAAAGUAAGAACGAAAAGGUUAAGUUCGACUCGACGAUCAUUCAACAUACUCACUUUGGGCACUCAGCCAAUGUAAAUAAUUCGUCUACUGGAUUAUACUUUACAACUCGGAGAUCUAAAAACAACGCUCCUCCUCAUCAACUGGUCAUAACUCAUAUCUGUGUUAUUCUUUCCACAAAAGGAGAAGUCCCACCUCAUACCUACUUCAAGAUUGACAAAAACUUGAAUAAAGUAAGCAAUUUUCUUUUGCUUUAUUCAUUCAUAUAGGGCAUGGUUGGAUCGGGAGUCUACGUAUGCUACAAGAAAGCCCAGUCUUCUUCCAAGAGAAUCUCUUAUAAACCAUUUAUUCUCGACUGUUACCCAAAAGUGGAAGAUAUGACAAAUUCGAUUGCACAGAAUGUUUCUAUGUUUUGUUUACCAAUGGGAGCUGUCAUUGAAAGCUGGGCCAAAGAUUGUAGUGAACCAGAGAAAAUGUUCAGUACAUGCGUUCUGACGGAUGAGGUGAGUUUGUUACUAGUCUUUCCUGCGUAAACUUUUCUUCUCAUCUUGCUUCUUUUUGCACUGUGCGAGUGUUGUGGCUCACCUAAAAUCAGCGGCGACGCACUUGAAAAAAGCUUAAGUCGCGGCGAUUUUUGAAUUGAACAGUGUAAAAGUGAAAUGCACAGUGCAAAAAGCUUCGCGACGAAAAGUCUACGCACUUUAUGGAAAGCCCAGUAUACUUUUCCGAUAUCUUCGUUUAGGUUGGGAAUAAGUUCUAUGGGGCUUCGUUGACUUUUUAUGAAAAAUAUUCGAAAGAAUUAAGUGAUGCACAAUUAGAAAAAUUGGAAUUGAGUUCGAUGAUUCCUGAAGAAGAAGGUGGAGAAGGCCAAGAUCCAGUCAGUACUGAAGUAUGUUAAUUUGUUUAAUUCCUACAUUGUUUUUGCAGGCCAAGUAUUACAGUAGCAAAGCCAUAUGUAUUGUGUCCAGAUACCCAUUCUUCGAGUCUUUCCGGAAAUUUUUAUUUUUUGUAAAUGGUAUGUCCCAAUCGGGACCUCAUAAGUUGCCCAUUGAGCGAUACAUCAGCCAUUUGGUAUGGGUUGUUUUCUGUUCUCAUUCUUGGUUUAGAUGUUAGAAGUGCCAUUUCCGUCUCCUGCACGGCCGCGGGUGCUAGUUCAACUAAAUACUGAACUUGUUGCUUUUGAAAGUCACGAUGAUAGUCAGGUCCCUCUCUCCGGUGCAACAUUUGUGGAAUCGUUGAAGUUUCUGGGAGUCGAUAAUAUUCUAUAUGCCAUGCUGUUGUCAUUAUUAGAACAAAAGGUAGGAAAUUUAUAUGAACUUUGAUUCUGUUGUUUUAGAUACUCGUCCAUUCACUCCGUUCUUGGCUUCUGACAGCUGUUUCCGAAACAUUAUGUGCCAUGAUGUUUCCCUUUCAUUGGCAAUGUCCUUACAUUCCGCAAUGUCCUCUUGAUCUUGCCGGUGUCCUUCAUGCUCCUUUACCUUUUAUUGCGGGAGUCCAUUCAAGAUAUUUUGACUUAUAUGAAGAUCCUCCAGAUGAUGUGACUUGUUUUGAUCUUGACACAACUACAAUAAGCAAUUCGGUUGUGAGGAAAAAUCUGAAAUUAAAUGUCUUACCGAAGAAACCUCUGAAGAAAUUGAGACAAUCAUUGGAAAAAUUGUAUGUGGAAGUUCAAAACAACGAAAAGAAACUACGAGGAGAUUCAGAUUAUAAGAAAAAACUCGAUUUGAGUAUACGUGAAGAGUUUCUGAGGUAAAAGUUUUGUCUAUUUUGUAAUAUUUGAUUUUUUAGGUUUAUGUGCCAUCUAAUGAUGAAUUAUGUUGAUCAUCUAAAGCCAAUAACCAGCUCUCCGAAGACUGUAAAUGCUACUGAUAUGAAUACUUUGUUUGACUUGGACAACUUUUUGAAAUCUCGGGAUAAGAAUUCGCAGGAGUUCUACAGACGAUUUUCGGAAACCCAGUGUUUCAUCAGGUUCAUCGAAGAAAGAUCUUUUAUAUCUGACAAGAAUGUAUACAAUGUUUUCUUUGACGAUUGUGCAGAGAAAAUGAAGAGAGGUAAGGACAAUUGAUCCAUCAUUUGAUUGUUUUAGAUGGGUUCACUGGACCUUUGCUUGAUUACGACUCUUAUCUGGCCAAUCACACGAUUGUUGUUCCUCCACCAGAGAUGCUGACGUAUAAAGAAAGAACGUAUGACUAUAGUGGAUUCCCGUCGGAAUUCGAUGAGGAUUUGUUUGAGACGGAAGCGAUUAUCAAGAAGAAGAAUGAUGCCGUGCCCCCAGCAAGGCUACCUUAUUCUUCAUCCGAUCCAGGUAAUUUUUGAGGCACUUUAAAUCUAAGAAUCUUUUUUUUAAGAUGCUCAACCCUAUGCAUUCAUUCGGUCAAAACAAGAAGUUCGGAUAGCAACGAUCGAAUUGAAGCAUGCGUUGGAACAAUCAGAGAUGAACUGGCCUCGAUCAUUACUUUUCUACGCUUAUUCUCUCUGGUUCUUGCAAAUGCCGGCCUUGGUGUCGGUGUCUCGAAACAAAUUCAAGAUGCUUUUGUUGGCAUUCAGAGUAGGUAUCUCUUCUAAUCCGGAAGAUCUUUAGAUAUUGACAAGAAUGGAGAAGAGCGGAGUCAUAUUCUAUGACCAGGUUGCCUACCGAACAUUAAUUCGACUAUGUGGGGAGUACAAAUACCCUGCGCUCGCAUAUGACGUCCUCAAGAAAAUAAAUCGCCAUGGAAUCAACAUGAAUGCGAUCACUUAUGGCACUUAUCAUUGGGCUGUUAUGCAGGGAAAGUGGCCAUCACAAACACAAAUUAACGCUCAUGCGGCCUGGAGAAGGUUGAGGUUACGACUUGAGACUGCUGCUUCUUUCUAUUUACCGAUAAGAAAUGGACUUGUUAGACCGGAAACUCAAGUUGAAAUUCAAGACGACAAGGCGUCCAUAACAUCAAGCCACUCCCGGAAUGAUCUUCGCGUGGGAUCCAGUGUAUCUGGUUCGUUAUCGAACCAAUCAUUGGGAACCACGAAUGUUUUGGACGAAGAAAAAUUGUCUAUCCAGAAUUCAAUAUCGCCUAAUGAGAAUUUAAUGGUGAGUAAAGAAAAAAUAAAAAAUUUUUGGUUAGUCUUCGAGGAAAGUCUCGCAAGAGGAUCCUCUUGGAGCAUAUUCAAAUGGAGAAAUAAAAAGGGAGAUCAGCAAAGGAUCGCUCAAUGAAACGCUAAGUCCUAGCAGGCAUCAGUUUAUUAAAGAACAUUCUACAUCACCGUUCUCAAAGGAAAUGGAUGAUCUGGAUAAAAAGUUGGCACAGGAGCGAAAAAAGUCGUCCAAAUUAGGUGGCUCCUGGUUGAAGGGAUUUACCACAUCACCCAUGAUCAACAAAUUGAUGAAGACCACGGGUUCAGGUAUUGUUACGUAAAAUUGAUGACCUUUUCAUAGAUGCGCGCGAUAAACAAAAGUCCCAGAGCAUUGGAGGAAACGAGAAGUCGGAGUCAUCUCAAUCGUCUUUGAAUAUGUCGCCUAGCUUGCAUUCUUUGGUUACCCAGUUCAGGAAGCAAGCGAUAAAGGGUAGGAAUACAAAUAAUCGUGAUUAAAUUAUUAGGUUACGAACAAAGUUCGGUGAUGUUGAAGAAAUCGAUGCUGAACUCUCUAAUUGGUGAUUCAAAGCACCAUAAAAAUACUUCCAAAGAUGCUUUGUCCACCAUGUCAUCUAGCGAAGAAAAUCUGGACUUAUUAGAUCCUUAUUCAAAAGAUGGGAUAUAUCAACUUGAUAGCGGAACAAGUGGCGACCUGUUGAGUCUAGACUUCUGGAUGAAAGAUGCGUUACCCGAGUCCAUUUCCCGACUUGAUCAGCUCUGUUCUAAUACACAGGAAGAUCCUUUAGGUAAGUGCUGCUUUUCUUAUUUUUAUUAUAGUUUAUUUUAGAUGUUGUUUUAUCAUCGGCUUCAAAAUGUCCCACUUGUGAAAGUAUAAUUUACGACGAAGAAUUGAUGAAUGGAUGGAAAAUGGGUUCAGUGAAUAUGAAUUCAACCUGCCCACUAUGCUUGACCAGCUUCUCGCCAUCCUUAAGCAUUUUUAUCCAAGAAAGACCUUUGGAAAAAUUGGCGUCAAGUUGGUAUGUACCCUUUAUAUUCAAUUUUUUGGGCGACGAGAAAUGCAGCACGAUUGAUGACCAUGGAGUUAAGGUAUGAUACGGGUUCACUUAAACGUGGUUCUCGGGCCCGGGGGGGGGGCGAGAGCCAUCUCGAGGUGCACUAAAGUAUAAACCGUUAAUUUCAGGAUGGACUGAAUCUUUCUGUCCCAUUUUUGUCGCCUAUUGCUUUGAAAAAGGAGAUGGAAAUGCUUCUUCUAAACGAUCCAUCGUCCUUCGCCCGACCGUCUUUAAAAGUUUCUCAUCCGGUCGUUUUCUGGAAUUUGUUGUAUUACUGUAGACGACUCGAUCUCCCUUCUCACAUCUACGCGUGGUUAUCACCGAAGGUACAUAUUCGGUGUGUAUAUGACAUUCCGAGCCUGCAUUCGGAACAGCUGGCACCUAUGUAUUUCUCCCGUGAUGAGGUAGGUUCCUUGAAUCUGACGUAA